AUGACUCGGUGUAGUUACCCUGAAGAGAAUAAUCAUAGUGUUCUUAUGGAGAGACGCAAAGAUAGCAUAAUCAGAACUUGUCCUACUUGUGGUCAUCAUAUCAAAUGCCAAGAUCAGGGUGCUGGAAUUCAUGAGUUACCUGGAUUACCUGCUGGAGUGAAGUUUGAUCCUACUGAUCAGGAGAUUCUUGAACAUUUGGAAGCGAAAGUGAGGUCUGAUAUUCAAAUGCUUCACCCUUUGAUCGAUGAAUUCAUCCCUACUCUUGAAGGAGAGAAUGGAAUCUGCUGCACUCACCCAGAGAAGUUGCCAGGUGUAAGCAAAGAUGGCUUGAUCAGACAUUUCUUUCACAGGCCAUCAAAAGCAUACACAACAGGAACAAGAAAAAGAAGAAAAGUGCACACAGAUUCAGAUGGAAGUGAAACAAGGUGGCACAAAACAGAGAAAACAAAUUGGGUUAUGCAUCAGUACCAUCUUGGAAACAAUGAAGAGGAGAAAGAAGGAGAAUUGGUAGUUUCCAAAGUUUUCUACCAAACACAACCAAGACAAUGUGGUUCGUUGAUGAAAGACUCGUCAUCAUUUUCCGAUCAAAAACUAAUCGGCGAUCAAGUUGUUAAUGAGGUGGUUAAUCAUAAAAACAGUGGAUUUGUUGAGUAUUAUAAUACUUCUUUCAUAUCUUUUGAUCAAGGGGAACAACAUAGAUCAAACAAUGCUCAAGUGAUUUCUCAUUUUCCUGUCCAUGAUGGUACUUCUUUCAUUCCUUGA